UAGGGCUUUUAGUCUUUCUUCCAAACCUGGUUCGUGAUCAGAACAGUACAAGCACUCGUUGAGCUGUUAUUGUUCCAACCGUGCCAAUCAACGAGCGCUAUUUCAGUCAGGUGACCAAACAAGUGAACACAACCUUACUUCCAGAACGUUUUCAAAAUCACGUUUUCUCUACUACAACAGUCGAUUUUCUACGUGUAUUCUGUGUAAUCCCUGCCUCUUUUGCGCACUGCUUGGAGGCUGAAAGCACCGGCAGGCACUUUGAUGCUAAAGUGCAUGUGCUAAGCUCCACUUUGCUUUUCUUUUUCGCUUAAAAACAUGGCCAGCUCAGGCAACCCCGCCACCGUUCCCACCGCAAGCACGAAGAAGAUGCGAAUUCGCAGCAAGUCGACCUCCGAUGUGGGCGAAGUCAAGAGCAGUUCUCUUGCCGAGGAGAAGCAGCAAAUCAGAGGGACUAAUGCAUCAACCAGGCACGGAAUUAACGGUUCUGCUCACCCCGAACUGUCGGUAAAAGCGUCUGAGAAAAGACAAACAGAUAGAAAGCCUCGCACGGGUCGACGAGGUCUUCCGAAGAAAGGUGGCGCUGGUGGAAAAGGGACGUGGGGCGUCAUUGGUGAGGUGCUUACCGAGGAGGACCUCAAAGUUCGGGACCAGCAUGACCCUAACUAUGAAUCAGAGGAGGAUGAGACAGAACCCUAUGAGAUCAAAGAAAUUAAGCCUGAGCUGACUGUUGAAGAGUUUGAACUUCAUGUUGACCCCAUAAUUGUGGAAUAUUUUGAGCAUGGGGACACAGAAGAUGUUGAUUUGUCCCUUCAAGAGCUCAACAUCUCUAAUAGAAAGUUUAAAAUUGUGGUGUUUGCAGUCACACACGCCUUGGACAGGAAGGCCACCCAGCGAGAGAUGGCCUCUGUGCUGAUCUCAGACCUUUAUGGCUCAACCCUGACCAGGCCAGACAUUGCCUCAGGUUUCCAGAAACUCCUGGAUGACCUAGAUGACCUCUCACUGGACACACCUGAUGCACCUGAAGUUCUGGGGAAAUUUAUUGCCCGGGCGAUUGCUGACGACUGUCUGUCUCCUGCUUUUGUGGCUAAUCAUGCUGAUACAGCACCAAAUUCCACUCAGAGGAAGGCGCUAGAGAAAGCCAACACCUUGAUCAAGAUGAAGCAUGGAAUGGUGCGAUUAGACAAUGUAUGGGGUGUUGCUGGUGGCCGACGCCCUGUGAAAUACUUGGUGAAAAAGAUGGAGCUUCUACUGAAAGAGUAUCUCUCAUCUGAAGAUGUUGAAGAGGCUUGUCGUUGUGUCCAAGAACUUGAUGUGCCACACUUUCAUCAUGAGCUGGUUUAUGAGGCUAUCAUGAUGGUAUUAGAGGAAGGCAGUGAGAGGGUCAUUGAAGUCAUGAAUAACCUUUUCAAGGACUUCCACCAGACGAAUAUUGUCACACCAGACCAGAUAAGAAACGGUUUCAUCCGUGUGUUUGACUCCAUGGGGGAUAUUGUACUUGAUAUCCCACAUGCGCAUAUCUUCUUAGAGAAGCUUGUCGAUGCAAGUACCAAGUCAGGAGUCAUUCCAAUCUCCCUAACUCUUAAAAUGCCUUCAAGGAAGUCUUUGGGUUUGGCACCGGCGGGACGGAAGAGGUUCGUCAGCGAAGGCGAUGGCGGCUUGGUAAAGGCAUGACAAGCUGAUUUCUGUAUGUUGCGAGGCCUAUCCAUGUGCGCCUCUUGGUUAUGGUCUCGGCACUGUGUAAUAUAUAGCGGGGUGUGAGGAUUCUGUUUAUUUCACCACAUGCACACUCGCAAAUCCAAUAAAACAGUUUUGCAAAUCCUAA